CGAUGGUCGCUGCGGAAACCCCAAUGAUACAAACUAGUGUCUGUUGAGGUUAUAUUUGUAGAUAAGGUGACAACGAGUUGCGGGAACGUUCCCACAUUCGGGCGGUGUAGAAAUAUAUCGUUACUCUUUUGUAAAUAUACUUUAAUUGUAAUUAAAAAUAACAUAUUCAAGCUUAGGCUUUGUUUCGUGUAGUCAGUUUGCUCGCUAUCUCGUGGUAGGUUACGUCGUUUUUUUGUUUUGGAAAGGAAGCCAGGAGGCCAUUUUGAGGCCUUGUGAAAUCAACGAAGCUUUCACCUCUGAUUUUCUUUUCAGUGAUAUUGCUUUUCGUUUGGAUUUUUCUCUCCUCAGUUAGCGUAUGGCUUUGGAUAUCUGGACUUAACGUUGCCAUUGGACUGGAUUGCUCAGUAGGCUUCACGGAUAUUGCUCAACAACUGACCAUGGCAAUUGGACUUUGCUGCCUUUCAUUCACGGGACUUUAAACGAGACCUGUCGCCAGUUCAGCCGUCCAUAAUUUCAAUCUCGGAACUCUUAACGGACAGUUGAGCAACAUUUCAUUGUGUGGAAGAUUUUGGACUUGAUCAAUUUCGCAGGGUGAAUACCCUUGAAAGUCUUAUUUGGACAUUUGUUACGUCUGCUUCUGGAAGAGUAUUGGUUGUCAUGGCAUUCAUUGUGACGAACUGAAAAAAGAACUUAUCCACCACGAUACAAAUGGCAAGGUUUCUCAACCACUGAGUUAGUUUACUUGCUAGCUGGUUGCUGAGCACACCAGUGGAUAUUUAUUCGCAUAAUAUUACAUUUUCUUUAUCUGUUGAAUUCUCCUCCAUUUUGUAUAUUGCUGGCUGGAUAGAGUGCUAGUUCUGGGUAGCAAGCAAGUAUUAACUUGCCACCCUCACAGCCUGGCCAUGUUGGAUGCCCGAGUUUAGCUGUUAGCAAAAUGGGGAACCAAAAUGGUUGGUUUGCAGCGUAUUAGCGUGUACGGCUAACUGACUGGUAUUGUGGGUUUUUUUUAAACAUUGUAUGCAGGCUAUUUAGCAAAACUUCGAGAGGGGUGACAUUGGUUUGUUGUAUAAAUCGCUAGCAAGGACCUGUCAACAUGUCGUGUGUUCAUUACAAGUUUUCAUCCAAGCUAAACUAUGACACGGUCACGUUUGAUGGCCUCCAUAUCACGCUGAGUGAUCUGAAAAGACAGAUCAUGGGCCGGGAAAAGCUGAAGGCUGCUGACUGUGACCUGCAGAUUACCAACGCGCAGACGAAAGAAGAGUACACAGAUGAUGGCGCACUCAUACCAAAAAAUUCCUCGGUCAUCAUCAGACGAAUCCCAAUUGGAGGUGUCAAGGCAACAAGUAAAACAUUUGUUAUUGAUCGAUCAGAAAUGCCAAGUGGAUCAUCCAAAGCAAUUGAUGACUCUCCUGCCCCAAUUUCUUUGGCCCAACUCUCCAAGACCCCUAAUCUGGCUGAGGCGAAUGCAUCCGAGGAAGACAAAAUUAAAGCUAUGAUGUCUCAGUCGAAUCACGACUAUGAUCCAAUACAUUUCACAAAGAAGUUUGGGGUCGGGCCUCCUCCACCGAACUACACCUGCUACCGCUGUGGAAAAAAUGGACAUUACAUACGCAACUGCCCCAUCCAGGGGGUGAGUAAGCAGGAGAAGGGCUACGAGGCUCCGCAGCGGAUCAAGAAGAGCACGGGCAUCCCUCGGAGUUUCAUGGUGGAGGUGAACGACCCAAGCAUGAAGGGGGCCAUGCUUACAAACACCGGCCGCUACGCCAUCCCCACCAUAGAUGCGGAGGCCUAUGCCAUUGGCAAGAAGGAGAAGCCUCCGUUCCUGCCCCAGGAACAGUCGUCGUCCUCCGAGGAAGAGGACCCAGUCCCUGACGAGCUGCUGUGUCUCCUCUGCAAAGACCUCAUGACCGACGCUGUUGUCAUCCCCUGCUGCGGAAACAGCUACUGCGACGAAUGUAUCCGUACCUCCUUGCUUGAGACGGAAGAGCACACCUGUCCCACAUGCAGCCAAUCCGACGUCUCUCCAGAUACCUUAAUUGCCAACAAGUUCCUGCGCCAGGCUGUGAACAAUUUCAAAAACGAGACCGGCUACACCAAGCGAAUCCGCAAGGCCAACCAGGCUCAGCAGGCCCAGCAGGCAGCACCCCAGGGCCGUGUGCAGCGCCCCGUGCAGGUCAUUCGCCCCCCCAACUCCCGUCAGCAGGACCCUCUGAUGCCCAGGACCGUGCCCGCUGCCGUGCCCGCCGCUACUGCUGCUAACACCCCACCCCACGUCUCCUCAACGCCUGCCGUGCCUGCUAUGCCCUCCUCCGCGGCCACACCGCCGCCCUCCAGCAGCACGCCCCCUCCAUCCAGCUCAGACCCCCUGGUGAACAGCAGCGCCUCCCCCAGUGCUGGGAGCUACAGCCCGGCGGCCAUGUCGUCUUCUCCACAGCGGCCCGUCAUCAAGCAGGAGGAGGACAGCCUGCCGCCCAUUACCAGCAGGGAGCCUGAGCCUGUGAUUCCAGCUCCAUCUGUGACUGUGUCCGAGCAGUCCGGUCCCCCACCUCUCAUUCCAAAGGGAUUCCAUGUUCCUGUGCUUGGGCAGCCGCACGGGCCUCCACAGGGGCCGCCGCACGGGCUGCCACACGGGCCUCCACACGGGCCUCCACACGGGCCUCCACACGGGCCUCCACACCAGAGUCACCCCCCCAUGCAGAGAUCAGGCCACCAAGGACCACCUCGAUCUAGUGGUCCACGACCCAGUGGGCGACCCGGAUGGGAGCCCCACCACUCUGGCCGAGGCGGGCGUAUGCAUGGUGAUCGGCCGCCGCGCUCCCAUGGUCCACCUGUGCAGCAGCAGCCGCCACCUCCGCAGCAGCAGCAGCCGCCCCCUCUCCAGCCCCAGCAGCCCCCUCUGCAACCCCCUCCUCCUGUGGCUCCCAAUAUGUACGGGGUGGCUCCCCCCUCCCUCUACGGCCCUCCGCAGCACCCCAUGCCCCCCCAGCCGCCUAACAUGCCGCCCCAGCAGUACCCCUUACCUUACAACCCGGGGCAGCAGCCAGCACCCAGCUACAACGUGCCCCCUCCCGGGUAUCCGCCGGCUCUGCCCAGCGUGGGUGCCCCCCCCUGGGUUCCCCCCGGUAACCAGCCUCCCGUCGCCAACCCCGUGCCCCCUCAGCCCUUCCUCUCCCGGGAGGAGUUCUACAGGCAGCAGCGGAGGCUGAAGGAGGAUUCGCAAUGUCGAUUCAUUACCAGGGAGAAGUCUAAAUUGGAGAAGUUCACCAAUGACUUUGCCAAAGAGCUCCUGGAGUAUAGGAAGAUCCAAAAGGAGAGGAGACGAUCCUAUUCCAGAUCCAGGUCUUACAGGGGCUCAUCCUACAGCGGAUCCUCUUACAGCUACUCCAAGUCCCGCUCCAGAUCCCGCUCCAGAUCCCGGUCGUAUUCCCGCUCCAUCAGCCGCUCUCGCUCCCGGUCCCGCUCUCGCUCGUACUCCCGCUCGCCUUACUCCCGGCGUGGAAGAGGCGGCCGCAGCCGGAGCUACCGGUCCAGGUCCCGCUCGCACGGGUACCACCGCUCCCGCACCCGCUCCCGCUCGCCCUCCUUCCGUGGCCGAGACGUCGGCCCCGGCGGUGGCGGUGGCAGCGGCCCCAUGGGAGGCGGCGGCGGUGGUCCACCCUACCGCUCACGCUCCAGAUCCCCCCCGCCAUACAGGCCCCACAGUCCUCCCAACAAGAAGCCGGGCCCUCCGCCUCUACUCGACCUCGACCGCGACCGCAAAUACACGGGCCGCUUCAGGGACCCCAUCCCCUACGACCUCAAGGCCUGCUACGGACGGGAAGUGGACAUGUCCGACCCCUACGAGAGGGAGAGGUACAAGCAGUGGGAGAGAGAGUACCGGGAGUGGUACGACAAGUACGGGAAGUCCUACCACAGCGCCCAGGCAGAGCAGAGGGAGGGUGGGAGCAGAGGCAGGGCCCCCUUGCUCGCGAGGGAACCCUACACCCCGGAGAGGGAGAGGGAAAGAGACAGAGACCGAGACCGAGACAGGGACAGGGACAGGGAAAGGGAAAGAGAGAGGGACAGGGGGUCCUUGUUACGCCAGAAGGAGAACUCCCCAUAUGCGCGGGGUAGAGACCGUCGAGAGGACUACUCCCCUCCUCCUCCGACACACAGUAGUAGUAGUAGUGGUGGUGGUGGAGGAGGACCAGGUAGUGGUCCUGGUGGUGGCCCGCUGUCAAAAGUACGCACUGCUGCCAGCUCCUUGACAUACCAGGAGAGGUGUGCAGAGAAAUAUCAUGUGUAUCCCAUGAACAGUGGGCCGGGUCCGGGUCUGGGACCUGGGCCGGGUCUGGGUCUUGGUCCUGGGCCCAUCCGUGGAGCCGGCCUCUUGGGCAAGGAGCCCCUGAAAGGGCUGAAGGAGAGAGAGCCACUCCUUGGCUUUGCGCCGGGCGACCCCAAGGGGCUGAAGCACAAGAAGCACAGGAAGAAAAGGAAGGGUGACGACGGAGACAUGUACAGCCACUCGGACUCCAUGGAGGACACCAGGAAGUAUGACCGCAAAGGGGAUGGUCCCCUCAUGGCCUCGAGCCGCGACGACGCCACUCCGGUGAGAGACGAGCCCAUGGACGCCGCUGCAGUUCCUCAUUACAAGAGUGCCUCGGACAAAGAGAAGAAAGAGAAGAUGAAGGGGAAAGUGGAGAAGGUGAAGAGAAAGGCAGAGAACAGCAGCGCCUCCAAGAAAGAAUCAUCCGGAAAGACCUCCUCCAAGUCCUCCAAACACAAAACGGGAGACCUGGAGCGUUUGGGUGAGCGUUUAGGUGAGCCUCCGUUCAAGCGCACCAAGGAGGACUUGCCCCACAAGACGGACGGUAUCAAGAUGCCCAGCGCUGUCAAAGAGGAGAAGGCUCUCCUGCCCCGGAAAGUGCCAAAACAAGCAAAGCACCAUCAAGAUGUCAAACCGAGCAAAGAGGAUUCAAAGUCCAAGAAAGACCCCACCAUUAAGUCCGACAAAGGUCUUGUCAAAGAGGCAAAGCCCAAAAAGGACGUCGAGAAGAGCAUCAAAACAGAGGAGAAACAUUUGGUCAAGGCAGGAGAAGCAAAGCCAGAAAAAAGAAGGAGAAAAGAGGAUGGCGGGUCAGCCAAAGAGAUCGAUAUGCCCUCUACAAAGCCCCUUAGCGUAGAUGUUCCUGAGAUGGCCAGGGUGUCACCGAAGCCCAAAAUCAAAGCUGAGGUUGAGAAGCCUCCUGAGAAGAUCAAGCCGGCCAUCCCACCUCUGAUGGACAUCAAACCUGGUCCUCUGAGAAAGAUCAAGAUCAACCGCGAGAUUGGCAAAAGGAUCAGCACGGAGAUGGCACCUUCUCCCGAGCCAGCAGAUUUAGCCCAGAAGCCCAGACCUGAGAAAUCCAGGGGGAAGAUGCGCCGAAGAGUUCAGGCCGUGGACGGCUCGGGUUCCCUCCUGGUCGACUACACGAGCACUAGCUCUACCGGAGGCAGUCCCAUCAGAAGAAACGAUGACAAGGAUUCAAGAAAGACUGUGGUCAAGACCCUGGAAGAAUACACUAACGACAGCAGCACAGCCGCAGAGGACGAGAUCGUCUUGAUCCAAGUGCCGCGCUCCAAGUGGGAGAAGGAAGACUACGAGUCUGAGGACGACGAGUCCAAGCAGGACGCAUCCGCUCACCGCAAUGGCAACCACGCCGGGUCAGAGGGCGAUCAGAAACCGCCCAGCAGUGGGACGGCGAAGGGGAAUGACCAUGCGUCCCCCCACGCCGACAAGGCUUCCACAUCCUCCAAGGAAGGCCAACAUACAGACGGCAAGCCUUCGAAAGACUCUACUCCUAGUGACAGGGACCGAGAGGAGCGAAGGGAAACGGAGCGAGAAAGGGAGAGGGACAAGGAGCAAGAGAAGGACAAAGAGCGGGAGCGAGAGCAGGAGAUGCGGCAAAGAGACAGAGACCGCGACAAGGAACGAGAGAAGGACUGGGAUCGCGAGCGAGGAGGAGGAGGAGGAGGAGGAGGACGCGAGAGGGCGAGGGAACGAGAUCGCCCCGCCUCGGACCGCGAGUCCGCAGACAAACGCAAACCUCUCGGUUCAAACAACCUUGACCGAGAACGGACUCAAGAGCGUAGCGGUGGUGAGCACGGCAGUGAAAAGGGCUCCUCGUCCUCCUCCUCCUCAGUCCAAUCCUCUUUCAGGGACCGGCAGUCCGAGAGAUCCGAUCCAGCUGCUCGUAAGCCGGCCAGCAGAGACCACAGCGCCUCCUCGUCAGUGGAUCGUAGGCCUGACCACCGGUCCAGUGGCAAGGACCAUAUCGACGCCAAACCCAAAGAAGGCAAGUUGAGAGAACCAAUCAAGAGGAGGGAAUCCCCUUCUCUCGCCACAAGAGGGAAGGAGCGCGAUCAUCAGCCGCCACACUCUGAUGGAGGCAAACGGCCGGCCAGCUCCGAAGUGCACGUCACAGAGUCAACAGAGAAGCGACACCAGCACCAGAGUGGGUUGGAGUCAAAACGCACCGCCUCUGAGGAGCACAGGUCAGCAGAGCGGCCUGUGAGCCGAGACGGCCAAAGCACGAGGCACCCUGAAAGCAGCAGCAGCAGGCCCAGCCGAGACCUCCGCGAGCACAGCGGACACCACCACACACCCGACAACCGCACGUCUUCGCCACCUGAAGCCAGAGCAGACGGCGGGAGAGGCACAGCUGCCGCUGCCACCUCUCGAAGCGACAGAGACCGAGACCCUCAUCCUCCUCCUCCACCACCACCACCUCCUCCUCCAAAGGUCAAGCCCCUGGCCGCCCGCUCCGCCCGCCUCUCCUCUGACCUGGGCCGCGAGACGGACGAGGCGGCCUUCGUGCCGGACUACAGCGAGAGUGAGAGCGAAGCCUCGGAGGUGGAGAGCGGCGGUGGCGGCAGGGUGGAAGUCAGAGGUCGGGGGCAGGAGCGAGACGGCGCGGACAGCAGCGCCUCCCCCAGCCACAGCCACAGCCAAAGCCCCGCGGGCAGCCACGCACGCAGCAGCAGCGUAGCCAGCUCGGCCGGCAGCCAGGUGGGCGACGGCAGCAAGAAGGUCAAAACAAGUAAAGACAGCAAGGACAAGAAGGAGAAAAAAGAGAAGAAGAAACAUAAGAAACACAAGAAACACAAAAAGCACAAGAAACACCUGCAGGACGAGGAGCUGGACCCGGAGCAGAGGGCACAGAAACACAAGCAUAAGAAGAAGAAGUCGAAAAAGAGCAAGGACAAAGAGAAGGAGGAGAGGGAGGACGAGCAGAGGGAGGACAAAGUGUUCUUAUGAUGAUAUUCAGGUUGAGCCGACGGGCCUGUACUACAAAGCUGGUUCAGGAGUAAACCAGGUUCAGUUAAAAGGGGGUAAAUAGAAGAGCCUGGAGUCCUCAUUUUCACAAGAAAAUCAUCUAAUAGAAAAGCCUGGGGGUCCUCAUGAGCACCGAUGAUGAUCUACCUCUUACCUUAACCUGGUUUACUCCUGAACCAGAUUUGUAGUAUUGGCCCGACAACAUGAACCUUUUCCCACCCACUUUUUUUUUCUUUUCUUUUCUUUUUAAGAAUCUUAAAUGUGGAUGUAAAUAUGCAGAGUUUUGGUUCUUUGUUACUCCCCCUCUUGCAAGGACUACUGUUGUGAUCAUUAUCAAGACUGUGAACUGCUCACUAACUGAAUCCUUGACAAUGCUCAUCUCGAAUGCAGUCGUUACGAAGACUGACUUUACUUGAAUAAGAUGGAGGCAUUCUCUUAGACAUCUAGGGCUCUUUACAACUCGCUGUUUUUAUUUUUUAUUUUCUUCUUUCUUUUUCAUUUAAUGUAUUUAUUUUAUUUUGCGUUGGAUUUUUUUCCUCUCCUUCAAUGAAUUUGGUUUCAAUUCACCCCAAAACAGUUUCAGAACAGUAUGUUGUAGAGGAAGCACUUUAGCGAUGUGAAAAAUGAAUGAAUGUUGCUGCAGUGAUGCAGUGGAUAUCCAUAGCCUCUUGUACCUCAUAUCUUGCAUAGUCUAUGGAGAAAGGAAGAAAUCAUAUCGUAAUUAUGCCAUUAUGAGAGAAUUCAUACUUGCUUAACUGGAUAGUGACCUUUUGGCAUUGGGCACAUAAUGACAAGGGUGUGUGGCUGAUUUUUGCACUGUGAAUAAUUUCCUCUACUCUGAAAAUAAUAAUUAAAAAUAUUUUACAUAACCUUCACAUGUAAUUUAAUUUAGCUGUUGAUGUUUUUGAGGGAUGGAUUUUUUUCUGUUUUGAAGGUAAUAAAGUUUUUGCAGCAAAUUA